AUGGUUCACCGUUGUGUUGUGUGUAAAGCACAUGAUAAUCCAAAAACUGGUGACAUGACUCUGUCAUUCCAUUUGUUUCCAAGAGAUGUUACAUUACGGCAAAAAUGGAUGGACAGUCUAGGACUCACUUCCGUGUCUAAUUGGCACCAGUUAUGUUCGAAACAUUUUGAUAUAAAUUGUUUCAAAAACAUAAAUGGUUACAAACGUAAACUAUGGCCUACUGCUGUACCAAGUUCAUGUACCACUCAAUUUGAAGUAGUACAUCAGAUUGGUUCACCUGAUACCAUAAAUGUAGCAGAUAGCAUUGAAAAUAAUGAAAAUCCAGAAGCAAAUAUAAGUUCAUGCACUACUCAAUUCGAAGUAGUACAUCAGAUUUGUACACCUGGUGCCACAAAUGUAGAAAAACUCAUUGAAAAUAAUGAAAAUCCAGAAGAACAUAACAUAACUAUUUUGGACACUUCUUUCAACAAAAGUUUUUCUGAUUGCUCUGUGAUUGCAACACCAACCAAAAAAAGAAAAAUUUUGAAUAGCACACGGGUUGGUGACUUGUCUAUUGAGAAUUUUUCAACACCAAAAAGGGCGAAGAAACAUUUAAAUGUUAUCAAAUCUACAAUAUCAAGUUUACGACGCAAAAAUAAAUUGUUAAAUCAAAAAAACAGAAGGCUCCAACAAAAAGUAUAUUCAUUUAAUGGAUUACUUAAUGUGUUAAAAAAAAAAAGUCUAAUUUCCGAAAUUGCUGCUGAUAAUUUAAAGGCAUUAGGGUCUGAUGUCUUGGAGAAAUUAGUUAAAAAUGGAUUAUCUGGGAGUAAACAAUGUUGUUAUUCAAAAGAACUAAAGCAGUUCUCUGUUACAUUACAAUAUUACUCACCAAAAGCUUAUUUAUAUGUUAGAAAAACUUUUAAUAAUCUACUUCCUAAUCCUCGUACAUUGCGUAGAUGGUAUAUGGUAGUGGAUGGAAAUCCAGGAUUUACUAUGGAAUCUUUUGAAUCAAUUUCUAAGAUGGCUAAAGACCGUUCUAUUUGUUGUAAUCUUGUAAUUGAUGAGAUGUGUAUACGACGACACGUAGAAAUGGAUAGUCAACGUAAGAUACAUGGUUAUAUUAAUAUGGGCGCUGAAUAUUCAUAUGACAAUGACAAUAUACCUGAAGCUAAAAAUGCUUUGGUAUUUCUUGUAGUCGGUAUCAACGGAUACUGGAAAAUGCCCAUUGCUUAUUUCUUGAUUGAUGGUUUAAGUGGUAAGGAACGGGCAAAUUUGCUAAAGAAGGCUAUUGAACUCUUAUGUGAAACUGGUGUGACAUUAUGCUCAGUUACUUUUGAUGGUGCAAAAGUUAAUUUAAAAAUGUGCACAGAAUUAGGAGCAAGUUUUAGUAUAGAAAAUCCAAGACCAUAUUUACUUAAUGAUAAACAAGAUAAAUUGUUUUGUUUUUAUGACCCUGCGCAUAUGUUAAAAUUAAUAAGAAAUGCUUGGAAUAACAGAAAUAUUAUUAAGAAUUCUAAAGGGGAAGAAAUAAAUUGGAAAUAUGUUAAAAAACUUUAUGAACUUGAGCAAAAAGAAGGGUUACGCCUAGGAACUAAACUUACAAAGCGACAUAUUAAUUUUCAUAAUGAAAUUAUGAAUGUUAGAUUAGCUGCCCAAACCCUUAGUAAUAGCGUAGCAGAUGCAUUGACCUACCUAUCGCAAAAUAAUGAUGAAUUUACUAAAGCAGGACCAACGUCAGAGUUUAUAAAAUAUAUUAAUAAUGCCUUUGACAUUCUUAAUAGCAGGAACAAAUUUUCUACAAAACCUUAUGGCAAAGCAAUAUCAGAUGAAACAAUACCAUUUUAUACAGAUUUUAUAAACAAAUUUAUAAUAUACAUUAAGGGAUUAGAAUUUUCUGAUGGAAAAAAAAUUAUCAAUUCUAAUAGAAAUACUGGUUUUGUUGGUAUGAUAAUGUCACUUACAAAUGCAGUCGAAAUGUUUAGCGAUUUACGAUCAAAGGGAAAAAUAAAUUAUUUAAUCACCUAUAAAAUAAGUCAAGAUCAUAUAGAAACUACAUUCAGUGCUAUCAGAAGUAGACUAGGCUACAACAACAAUCCAACAUGCAAACAAUUUAAAGCUGCAUACAAACGCAUAUUAGUGCACAAUGAAAUAGUUGGGUCUGAAUUUGGCAACUGUUCUAUAUUGGAUAACACUAAAAUGUUAACAGUUAAUUCAUGUGUAGAGGAGAAGCAAAUUAAUGAUACUUGUAAACCAGAGGUUCAUCUUUUGGACCAUGAUUACUUUGAAUCUUAUAUGAAUAUUUCAAAAUAUGUUGGGGAUACUUCACAGUAUAUUGCUGGAUUUGUAAUAAAAAAAAUAUUAAAAUCUAUUACUUGUUCUAUGUGUCAAGCUUCAUUAAUCACCAAUAAUUCAAAUUAUAACAGAAACACUUUAAUCAGUAUAAAAAAUCGUGGUAGUUUAAUUUUCCCCAGUAAAAGUGUUGUACUAGUCUGUCAAGAAACAGAAAGAUUAAUUCGAAGCUAUCCACCCACUUAUUUCAACAGUAAUAAAAACAAAUUAUAUUUGUUGGUUAAAAUUAAACAGAAUUUGUACAAAUAUAAUAGAGAACUUUUUUCAAACUGCCCUGAUCAAGAAUCAUUUUUAGAUACACACAAGGACCAAAUUAUAAAGUUAAUUGUUUUUAAAUAUGUAGACAUUCGUGUAUUUCAUGAAGUUCGAAAAGUGAAUGACACAAAUAUAAAAUCAGGCCGUUCUAGAGCUAAAUUUACAAAAAUGGUACUCUUCAAUCAUGAAUAA